AUGUAUCGUCCUAGUAGACGUAAUAAGAAUGGAGCUAAUGAGGUUCGAGGUCCUAAUAGUGCUUUGACGCAGUUUUUGCGGGAACAAGGUAUUAGUGCAGAGGCCAUUAAGCAGCGUUGGGAAAGCACUAAGCAAAAUGAAGUUGCAGAAGCGGACGAAGAAACCAAAACCAGCGAUGAUGAAUUUAUAGAAAGUGUUAGUAAUACCGAUGAAGUGAUUUCUGAGAAAGAUGCACCAAAGUCGGGUUCAGAUUAUGAUUCUGAAACUGAAAGCGACAAUGAGGUCACUACUAGACGAAGACGAGUCUUGCGGUCGGCUCAGGAUGAUUCUGAUGAAGAAGAAUAUGGAAGUGAUACUCCAAGCGGGAAGAUAGACGGUCCAUCAAAGGCAAAGGAUAACGCAGCAGAACUGCAGAAAAGGAAGAUUACAUUACAGCAGCGAAAGCGUAAGAAGAGAAAGGCGGCAGCGUUACUGGAUAAAAAGACCCAAAAAAUUCCCCUGCUGCAGGACCUCUGUAUUUUAGCUAUUUGUCAUAGGAUUAUGAAAUAUAGCCAGGAUAGUAAUAAUGUUGACCGUCAUAUCAGAGCUGUUCUAGGUGGUAUCUCAAUUGACAAUCUCAACAAGUUGGCUGCAGUACUAUCUAAAAACAGGGCAUUGAAUGAUAAUACACUACAGCUCUUUCUUCAUACCGAACUUCUAGAACUUACCUUCCAUGAUUGUUCUAAAAUAUCUUUUGAUGCUUAUAAACAGCUUGCAGUGUUUACACCGCACCUAACCAAGUUAUCGUUACAAAUGUGUGGGCAACUGAACAAUGAGGCGAUAUUGUUCAUUGCCGAUAAACUACCUAAACUAGAGGAGAUAUAUCUUGACGGUCCAUUUUUGAUAGAUGAAUGUACUUGGAUUGCAUUUUUCCAGAAGAUGAGAAACAGACUUAAAGCAUUUCAUAUUUCAAACACCCAUAGAUUCAACGAUGCGGCCUUGGAAAGUUUACUGCAGAAUUCUGGGGAGACACUAGAGUCAAUACAGCUUUCGAGAUUAGAUGCACUCAGUGCCUAUGGAUUACUCACACAAUAUUUACGCAACGAGAACUUCCACACACUUAUUUUACAAUACCCUGCAGAUGAAAAACAUGUAAGUGAUGAGAUAAUAAUAAAAUUGUUAGGUAGCCUGGGGUCCAAUUUAAAGGUGUUAAAACUUGAUGGAUGCACAGACUUGACGGACUCUGUACUUACCGAUGGUCUCACACCAUUUUUGAGAUAUGGAGACAAACCAAGUUUUCUGGAGACGCUCUCAUUAGAGGAAUUAGAUCAAAUCACAUCGGAUGGAUUCCUUUAUUUUGUAUCUUCUGUGGCUCUUCCAAACUUAAGGAAUCUAAGUUUGUGUAGAUGCUUACAGCUUGAUGAUUCAUCAAUUGUAGAACUUUGGAUUAAUGAAUGUGCAAAGUCUUUGGUAUAUCUAAACCUAAACUCCUUAAAGCAAUUGACAUCCAUGGUAUUUACGCUGAUGCAAUGUCCAAACCUUAAGCAAUUAAAUUUAGGAUUCGUUCGAUGCGUGAAUGAUGAUGCUAUUAAGGUUAUUGUUGAGCAAAACCCAGCGUUGGAAAUAAUUGAAGUAUAUGGUAACAACUCUAUCACGUCCAAAGCUACCGUUAAAGAAGGCACAAUCCUGGUGGGUAGACAAUGCGACAGUAUCUAA